AUGGAUCGUGAUAAUCACGUAUACAGUUGGGGUCGUAAUAAUUGGGGACAACUGGGGAGUGGUAAAGACAUGUUGAGGCAAAUCAGUUGUGGAUUUAAUCACACCCUUGCGCUCACAUUUAACGGACAUGUAUACGGUUGGGGUUUUAAUGCCAGUGGACAGGUAGGUGCUGGUAGGGCGAGGGUUGUAGCGACCCCGACGAGGAUCAGAUUUCCCGGUAAAUACAUGAUUGAGAAAGUGAUUGGUUAUGAAAACACAUCGUUUGCUAUAACACGUGAUGGCCGGGUGUUUAUAUGGGGUGCGAUUCGACUAUUCACCCCUUCGUAUACACCCACCUUAAUUAACCUGGACGACGUAACAUUCAUCAAGGAUAUUUGCUUUAAUGGAUUCAUUGUAUACAUGCUGUCCACUGACGGUAAUAUAUAUGUAUAUUUUGACGGAGCUUUUGAAAAGAGCAAGGAUAAUCCGUUAUGGUUACUAAAUGACCUGGUAUUCGAUGAGAUACGGCAAAUAAAUUCAUAUGAAGGCAAAGAUAGAUCGGAAACCCGGCCUAUAAUAGCGGGUAUUACGGGCGAUACGGUGUACCACUUGUUCCGAUCAAGAUAUGAGAUAAUCGAAACUAAAUGUAAAACAUUUGAUGAGUUCUAUGCGAAUGAGUUACAAAUGACUGUAACCGCGAUUGCGGUCAACGGUUGCCAACGAAAUGUAGACCCAAAAGAUGUGAAGUACAUAAUGAUUGAAACGAAACAUUUAAUAAGAAUUCGCUCCGAAUUUGUGAUACAAUACUACUAUUCGUGGGUCGAAAACAAUUGUCUGUACUUUCAAAUGGAGUUAUGUUUCGAAAAUCUCGCAAAAGUGUUGCAAAUAAGACAAAACUCAUUCGGCGGACAAAAUAAGGAUGCGAUGACCACUAGAUUCGAGUGCUAUAUAGCGCUGGAAAUUUUUCGGGAACUUCUAGAGUGUGUACAGUAUUUGCACGAAAACCAUAUCAUUCACAGAGACCUCAGACCGGAUAACGUGUUGAUCGCUAUGAACGGCACCAAAACUCAACGGUAUGUCAAGUUAUGUGACUUCGGUCUGUCGAAAGAGGCGUUCAGUACGAGUGGACCGCAUCCCAUGUCUGCCGUACCUCAUACGGAAGAUGUAGGAGACCCUCGAUAUCAGGCACCGGAAGCCAUGGGCGACGAUUAUAACCAUAAGAUUGAUAUCUAUAGUCUAGCACUCAUUGGGAUAGAUAUCUUUGAAUUUAAUAGAAAAUUUUUUAUGAAUGGAAAAGAUCAAUUAUAUACAGCAUACGAUACAGAUUUAGCCGAUUUAAUGACUAGUAUUUACGGAAUAUUACUCGAAAUGAGUGCUAACGAGAAUAGCAAGAGUGGUCCGACCGAUUGGACGACACGACCCGAAUGCUCGGAUAUAUUGCUUAGAUUUAAUAGAUUAUCGGUCGGCGCUGUAAUCAAGGAAAACGACGUCAAACUAUUCGAUGAAUGCAUUGAAAGCAAUCAGUGUAGAGCUUACGUCAAAUUUGGCGAUUCAUGCGAUACUAUAAUGGUAAGGCCAGCACAUCAGACGAUUUUGUGCGAGAAUCACAUUUUAAACAAGAUGUUGAAAUUGAUUCGCAUUUACGGCAAGGAAUGAAAGUUGCAAAACAUUUAGUCGAUCAACAGAUGUACUUGCUAAGAUACUUUGUGCCAGGUGAAU